UCUCUCUCUCCUUGGCUCUCUCGCUUUGUGGGUUCUUCUUUUGUGUGUAGAAAUAGAUAUAUGCACAUACACAUAGGAAGAUAUGAUGGGUUACGAGCAGAUGAAUCAGAUGACACUGACAACAACGACGAUGAUGAAGAAUUUCAAUAAGGUGGGACCAAUCAGUAGUCCACACAAGAAAACGAUGAGGAGAAGUGUGUCGGCCAUUGAUGGUGGUGCGGCGGCGACAGCUCGAGAAGGAGAUCACGGCCAGAAUCUCGAGACUCUCGAUCUUAGCGGCAUGUCCUUGGCCUCCCUUCCAGCAACUUCUAUCAACUUAGCUUCUAUCUCCAAACUUGAUCUCUCCAACAACAAUAUUCAGCAAAUUCCGGAAUCUCUAGUAGCCAGAAUGUUAAACUUGUCGGCAUUGGAUUUGCACUCCAAUCAGCUCAAAACGCUCCCAAACUCCAUUGGAUGUCUUUCAAAGCUUAAGGUUCUUAAUGUCUCUGGAAACAACCUACAAGCUCUCCCCAAAACUAUCGAAGAUUGCAGAUCGCUGGAAGAGCUGAACGCCAACUUCAACGAGCUGACACUGCUUCCAGAUACAAUAGGUUUCGAGCUAACAAAUCUGACAAAGCUCUCCGUCAACUCGAACAAGCUUGUCCUGUUACCAAGCUCCCUUGGCCACUUGACGUCGCUACGUGUGCUCGACGCUCGGCUUAACCGCCUCGUGUCACUCCCUGAGGAUCUAGAGAACCUCGUGAACCUUCAGGUCCUUAACGUUAGCCAGAACUUCCAGCACUUGAAGACGUUACCAUACUCCGUUGGGCUACUGAUAUCUCUAGUGGAGCUUGACGUUAGUUAUAAUGGAAUUAGGGUUUUACCGGACUCCAUCGGCUGUCUCCGCCGGAUUCAGAAGCUCUCCUUGGAGGGUAAUCCCCUCGUCUCCCCACCUUUUGAAGUGGUGGAACAUGGUUUGGAAGCAGUGAAGCAGUACAUGAGCGAUAAGAUGACGGAGUCUAACAAUAAAACUCCUACGAAGAAAAAUUUGUGGGGCAUUGGUAAGAUGGUUAAGUACAAGACCUUUCACGGCUUCAUCUCAUCUCCUGGAAGGUCUCCAGGAAGGUCUCCAGGAAGAAGAACCAGCAGUGACCGCCAUGGAGAGGAGAGGGAAGGCUUCAUCAACGUCUCCGACUACCGCCAAAUCGACGGACUAGCUUCUCCGAGACACAUGUCCCUCUUCAACCCGCGUCGCCUUUUGUCUCCACUCUCCACGUUUUUCUCUCCUCCAAGGUAUUAGCUAGGGUUACUUUUAUCUUCACCAAACCGUCUUCACUUUUUUUUUGCAUGCAACUUUGUUUCUUUUGUAUGUAUUUUUUGCAUGUUUGCAUGUAGCGUUCUCUUUCUAUGUAUCAUAGACUUUUGGGUGGCUUUUGUGGCUGUGUUUUGUUCAACACAUGUAAAUUAUGACAUAGACUUGUAGACUGAUUCAUGUAUGUACUAUGUAAUAAUGAAAAAAAAUGUAUGUAAUAAUGUAUACCAUUUUGAAAAUAUCAGCCGUAGUAUGCAG